CUUAGCUAAAAAAUUCUAAGUAUUGUCAUCCGGUCUGUAGUUAUAUAAAGCUCGAAAUUUAGUUGCAAAAUCAGUUGUUAUAAAUAUUUCGUUCACAAAGAUGAAACUUUCGCUGCAACUAGUGCUGGUUUUCUUGGUAGCUUGGGGCAAAAGCUGUCCAGUUAUCAAGCCCAGUCAGAACGUCUUCCAUAGGUCUUGCCUAGACUACCUGAAAUCAGGUUCGACCAAAUGUGGAGUUUACAGAAUCUAUAAUGAUGAUGGCAACAGCUUUCCUGUCUAUUGUGAUAUGAAGACCGAACCAGGAAAUGCAUGGACCCUCGUCAUGUCUUGGAAACACAAGAAUCGCGUAUUCAGUCAGUUCAGAUCCUCUGUUUUCAGCACAAACGCUCCCGUCAACGAGAACGCACCAAACUUCAACCUGUACCGCCAGACGUUGUCUCGUAUGCAGUCCAUCAAGAGUCACUCUACACACUGGAGAGCCACGUGUAGUUACCCUACACACGGGGUAGACUACAGGGACUACGUCAGGGGAAACUUCAAGGACUUCGACAUCAUGACCUUCCUUGGUAUUGGAGUGUGCAAGAAAGUGGAGUACAUCAACAUCCGUGGACAUAUCGGCAUCCACACGACUGCUCGCUGGUGGCAGGUACUAAACACAUCCACCUUGCACAUUGACAGUAGUUCUAGUGGCUGUGGACUCGUACCAGUGGCAGGAUCAGUGUCAAGCGAAGAUAAUUUUGGUUUCCCUGAUGCUAUCAAUCCCAACUUCCGCUGUACCGCUAACGACAACGCGACAACCCAGUGGUGGUUCGGUGGUCAUCUUUAGACCGCUCUAGACCGGCUUCAGUUUUUUUAACCUAUAGAGUUUUUCUUGUUUCACUUGGAUUUAAGAUGUGUAAAAUUUCAAUGCGCUUGUAUUGUUGAAAUUGUGCAUAAUUAAUUACUUU